AUUGUUCGGUAAUCUCUUUUUGAUCCGUCAGUAUUUUAUUUUCUUGAAAUUUAUGCCGGAUUUUGCGUAAAGCGUACAUCCUACAGUACAGUAAAAAACAACAGAUCUAUAUGUAUAACUCUAUACAGUGUGCAGAAUGUAAUUUUAUGGUUAUUUUGUUAUCGACGUUAAAUGCUCUACGGUAAAGCAUCGUGAAAGAAGGAAAAUGCGAAAUGAUAAUUUAUAUCAUACCCUUUUUAUUGCACACACAAUUCACACUUACCGAUAAUUGUAUGAAUUCCAUUUCUUACUUUCUCGGAUCAAAUCCCGAUAGAGACUCAGAACUGCAUGUUUGCGACUAGCCAUUGUUUAGGGUAUAUCAUAGGUUAACCACAGACGAGAUCUCGCUUGGGAGUUAAUCAAGGCGACAUCUUACAGGAACUUGACGCACAGUUUAUGAUUUCGUUUUCUUAGGAUUUUUGUAUCGGUACAAACUUAAGAUACGCGGGUAGUAUAUGACGCGUGAAGAAUGAUAUUUUGAUAUUUGCAUCUCCUGUUUGGAAUUUAUAAGCGAAAUUUCUUGCAUAUUCUUCUUUGCAUAAUAAUUAUAUAUCGUAACAUACAGAAUCGUUUAUUACCAUUCAUAAUAAAUAUGAGUUACUGUUUCACCAUGAUAUCAAGGUUCAAAACAUGUACACAUGUCAGAUGUAGUAACGUAAACUUCUUAAUGCAUAGAGGUGUUUCUACAAAUAAGAAAAUCAGAAUAAAUAAUAAAGUAACGUUACUUGGUCAAGACUAUCCAGUAGACGAAUGGACAAAUAUCACUAAACAGAUUAUUUCCAAAGUAGGAAAAAACUUGCAUGUAACACCGUAUCAUCCAUUAUCUCAUGUUCGUCAACGCAUUGUGGAUUACUUUUAUAUGCAGUUUCAUAAUCGCAUUGGAAACGUAAUAUUUAGUGUUUACGACAAUAUGUCCCCUAUAGUUACGACAACUCAAAAUUUUGAUUCUCUUCUUGUACCAAAAGAUCAUCAGAGUAGAAGCAAAACAGAUUGCUAUUAUAUAAAUCAAGAUACUUUAUUACGAGCACAUACAACUGCGCAUCAAGUAGAGCUAAUUUCUAUGGGAUUAAAUAACUUUCUUGUCAUUGGAGAUGUUUAUCGAAGAGACGAAAUAGAUAGGGUGCAUUAUCCUGUUUUUCAUCAAGUAGAUGGUGUAAGAAUAUGUACGAAAGAAGAAGUAUUUCAAGAUACACCAAAUUUUGAGAAAUUAAUGUUGUUUGAAAACAAAGGUAUAGAAAGUAGUGAAAAGCAAAGUUACCAUACUUUGGAAUCUGUAAAAAUAAUGGAAAAUGAAUUAAAGAAUACUUUAACUGGGUUAGCACAGACUCUUUUUGGCCAAGACAUUGAAUACAAAUGGGUGAAAGAGCUUUUUCCCUUUACCCACCCUUCAUGGGAAUUAGAAAUUUAUUACAAUAAUCAGUGGCUUGAAUUAUUAGGGUGUGGAAUUAUACGCCAAGAAAUUCUACAAAAAGCAGGAGCAGGAGACCGUAUUGGAUGGGCCUUUGGUUUGGGUUUAGAAAGAUUAGCGAUGCUUUUAUACGAUAUUCCUGAUAUCAGAUUAUUUUGGAGUAACGAUACGGGCUUCUUACAUCAAUUCAAAUUUGAAGAUCCUAAUACAGUGGUAAAGUACAAGAAGGUUAGCAUUUAUCCACAUUGUAUAAAUCACAUAAGUUUUUGGUUACCCGAAGAUGGUAGUUAUUCAUCGAAUAAGUUUUAUGACCUUGUACGGGAUAUCGGUGGUGAUAGCGUUGAACAAAUCAUAUUAAACGAUACAUACGUGGAUCCUGUAACGAAGAGAUCAUCUCAUUGUUAUUCUAUAAUGUAUAGGCAUCAGAAACGUACACUUACGAAAGCAGAAGUUAAUGUUAUUCACAAUAAAAUAAGAAAAUCCGUUUCUGAGAAAUUAAAUGUCGUAGUUAGAUAAAAAAUAAAAUAUGUAAAUUCAA